AUGAUCUCGCAACUACGAAGUUACCACUGUAUUUUCACCUUCGUCGUUUUAGCAACAAUCUUACUUUCAACGACGUCGUUUACCGAUGCUCAAACCUGCAACGGCAUACUCAUCUCCUACGCCGCCGGAACCGGAGUACGCCUCCCGCCGAACGUCACCAACCCCAAGAAACAACCGUAUCGAUUCGAAUCGACGUUGACCGUGCUCAACAACGGUCUCGAUGAGCUUAAGUCAUGGAAGGUCUUCGUCGGAUUUCAGCACGACGAGUUUCUGGUUUCUGCUUCCGGUGCCGUCCUCGCUGACGGCACCACUCUCCCUGCCGCCGUCGGGAAUGGUAGUUUGUUCGCUGGAUAUCCAAUGACCGAUCUCAAGACUGCUGUUGAAACUGCCGGUGACUUGACUCAGAUGCAGGCUCAGAUCAACCUCGUUGGCACCGUCUUUGGAGUGGCGCCGCCUAAUGUUCCUUUGCCGUCUUCUAUCAACCUCGCAAACGAUGGAUUCAUCUGCGGCAAAGCCACCGCUCAAGACAUGAAUGGGACUAAUGUGUGUUGCACAAGAGAUCCGAAGUUCAAAACAAACAUCACUACUGAUGAGAAGUUUCUGCCUCGUCAAGAUGGUGAUCUUACUAUUAUGUAUGAUGUGAUUCGAUCUUAUGAUUCGAAUUAUUGGGCCGAGGUGCUUAUCCGUCCGUUGUCGAUGCUUCUGAUUGUAUUUUCGGUAAGCAAGUCCAUGGAUCCUAGUAAGUCGGUUUCGAGAUUCCAGAUGCAAGUGUACAAGAUGCCGCCGAUGCUUAACCGAUCUGAGCUUUCUCCGCCGCAGAACUGGAAGAUUAGUGGUUCGCUUAAUCCGGACUAUAAAUGCGGUCCUCCAAUUCGUGUUAGCCCUACUGCGAAUCCUGAUCCGACAGGGUUGCCGUUAAACAAAACUGUAAUGGCGAGUUGGCAGGUUGUGUGUAACAUAACAACAGCCAAGGGGACAUCAAGUAAAUGCUGUGUUUCGUUUUCAGCUUACUACAAUGAAUCAGUUAUUCCAUGCAAAACAUGUGCAUGUGGAUGCGCCGAAAAUGUGGGAAAUACGUGUAGUACAACUGCACCUGCUAUGUGGCUUCCGUCGGACGCACUACUUGUUCCUUUCGACAACCGAAGUGCCAAGGCUAAAGCAUGGGCGGAUCUAAAACAUCUACCAAGGCCAAAUCCAAUGCCUUGCAGUGAUAACUGUGACUGGUUUGCUGCUGUGCAAAUGGACAAAGCUACUGCAGGUUUUGAGAAAAUGUAUUCAUUCAACGGUAGCGCCAUAGAAAUAAACGGCGUGAAUAAUACAAUAAUAAUGCAAGGUUUGGAGGGGUUGAACUAUCUUGUUGGAGAAACAGAUGGAGCUGACCCUCGGAGAGAUCCCAGGGUGCCCGGCAAACAACAGUCAGUAAUGUCGUUCACAAAGAAAACUACUCCUGGAAUCAGUGUCGUUCACGGUGAUGGGUUUCCCACGAAAGUGUUCUUCAAUGGGGAGGAAUGUUCUCUUCCUUCUGUGUUUCCAACCAGUAGUGCUUCAAAGAAGGAAUUUUCCUUUGCUAAUUUGAUACUUCUACCAUUGUUGUUAGCUGUCUUCAUGUGGUAA